CCCGAGCUGGGCUGGAAAGCUAGGGUUGGGCUUUUAAAGGAGCUUGCCAGUCAAACCCCUAAGUGCUCGCUUCCUGAUCCUUGCCCCCUACGCAUACUAGGUGGAAUCCUCGUAACCCGCCGACAUGUCUCAGGCCGAGUUUGAGAAAGCUGCUGAGGAGGUUAAGCACCUCAAGACCCAGCCAACGGACCAAGAGAUGUUGUUCAUUUACAGCCACUACAAACAAUCCACUGUGGGCGACAUAAAUACAGAGCGGCCUGGGAUGUUGGACCUCAAGGGCAAAGCCAAGUGGGAUGCCUGGAAUCAGCUGAAAGGGACUUCCAAGGAAAGUGCCAUGAAAGCUUACAUCGACAAAGUGGAAGAGCUAAAGAACAAAUAUGGAAUGUAACAAACUGGAUUUGGUCGCCAGCCACACAUUUAACCUAAAACGAUAUAAUGCCUUGUUUUUUCUAAUACUGUGGGUGAUGUGAAAGUAGUCAGUUACUGUAGUUCCUCAGUGUGUUCCAGGAUGUGGCUCUAACAGAUUAGGAGCAGGAAUGGUCACUGACCUCUCCCUUCCCCCAGUAGUUUUUAUCUAAAAUAAAUUCAAAUAUAUUUGUUACUUGAA